AUGUCGGCGCACCAGCAGGGCACGGAGCUCGACCUAAGCUGGAUCUCCAAAAUACAAGUGAAUAAACCGGCAGUGCUAAGACGUGCAGAACAAAUCCAGGCUCGUAGACCUGUGAAAAAGGAGUGGCAGGCUGCAUGGCUCCUGAAGGCUGUUACCUGUAUAGAUCUUACUACACUUUCAGGUGAUGACACAGCUUCCAACAUUCAAAGGCUGUGUUACAAAGCCAAGUAUCCAAUCCGGGAAGACCUCUUGAAAGCUUUAAAUAUGCAUGAUAAAGGCAUCACUACAGCUGCCGUUUGUGUUUAUCCUGCCCGCGUGUGUGAUGCAGUGAAAGCUCUAAAGGCUGCAGGCUGUGACAUCCCAGUGGCAUCAGUGGCCACUGGCUUUCCAGCUGGACAGACUCAUUUGAAAACACGAUUAGAAGAGAUCAGAUUGGCCGUGGAAGAUGGAGCUACAGAAAUUGAUGUGGUGAUUAAUAGGACCUUGGUGCUGACAGGCCAGUGGAAAGCCCUGUAUGAUGAGAUUCGUCAGUUUCGCAAGGCCUGUGGGGAGGCUCAUCUCAAAACCAUCUUAGCCACAGGAGAACUUGGAUCUCUCACCAACAUCUAUAAAGCCAGUAUGAUAGCCAUGAUGGCAGGAUCAGAUUUUAUUAAGACCUCUACGGGAAAAGAAACAGUAAAUGCUACCUUUCCAGUAGCUAUAGUUAUGCUUCGGGCCAUUAGAGAUUUCUUCUGGAAAACUGGAAACAAGGUAGGCUUUAAACCGGCCGGAGGCAUCCGCAGCGCGAAGGACUCCCUUGUGUGGCUCUCUCUCAUAAAGGAGGAGCUGGGAGAUGAGUGGAUGAAGCCUGAACUCUUUCGAAUAGGUGCCAGCACUCUGCUUGCCGACAUUGAGAGGCAGAUUUACCAUCAUGUGACUGGAAGAUAUGCAGCCUACCAUGACCUCCCCAUGUCUUAG